AUGCAGCGGCUGCUGCGCGCAGUGAUGGUGGUGCUGCUCUUGGCCGGGACGGGUCGGGUGAUGAUGGGUGGGGAGAUCCUGAUCGGUGGAGCACAAGCGCUUUCGGAAUCGGAAAAGGCCAUGGUGCUAAAUAUAUGGCAGGAGGCCAACAACGCUUUCGCCGUGGGCCAGCUCCAAGAUGCUAUCAAGGGAUUUUCAUACCUGAGCGAGAUCCUGCCCAUGCCUGCCCCCUUUAUCAAUUUGGCCAUCUGCUAUGAGAAGCUCGGCCAGUUUCCUGAAGCCGGCAGCACCUUUGACAGUGCCAUGGCCAAGUUCCCGGAUAGCCACGAAACACACAUGGCAGCCUGCCGCUUCGGCGCCGGGCUACUCAAUCGCCAGAUGCACAACAUCUACGAUGCAAAGUCGACGCUCGUCGCUUGUGGCACGGCACUGAGACUCAAGCCUGACGACGUGGAAAGCAUCAUCAUGUAUGGCUCCACCCUCGUCCUCGUAAUGGACUUUGCCGAGGCCGCUCGGGUCUUGAAGCAAGCGCUGCCGCUCGUUCAAAACGAUCGGGAGACACAGAUCCAGGUUUUGUCCAACCUGGCCUUGGCUUAUCUGCGCGGCGGCUUCCAAGCCGAAACCCUGGCCACCGCCCAAAAAAUGCAAGAACUCUUUCCUCAUGAGCCGCGAACCGAUACCACCGUCGCCUCUGCCCGCACUGUCCUCGUUCCCUACGACCAAGAGGUCAUUGACAUUAUGCGGCGCAGUAUUCGGCGCGAAGCAGCCACCAUUGGCCCCAUUGAUCCAGCUUGUACAGCCUCUGGCUGGUCCGUGGCGAUCAACUGGACCGAAGCCGAGCACAUCCCAAGCCUUCGCAUUCGCCCAAUCUCUGACCCUAGCAAAGAGCCACUGGUAGACUAUGGAUCCGUUGACCUGCUGCGCCAAGCUGAGCCAGCCGCUGAACUGGAGAUUCGAUCCCAGUUCCGCGAGCGCGCUGUGGUGUUUGUAGAGAUGCCCGCCGCCUCACUUUGGGGCUUGACAGGCAUCUUGGCUCACAGUUGUACCAUACUGGCUGCCAGCCUGCAAUGGGAACUCGAGGUCACACCAUUGUCCCAACUCGAGCCACGAUUCGUGCAAACCGUUACCAUCACUGACCCCGUCGUGUCGACGCUGCCGCUCAAGAAUUUAAAGAACUAUUAUCAUUGGUUGUGCGAAGGCCUGCCGAGAGCUCUGUGGGCUUGGCACCAUACGUUGCAGGAAAACCCCGCCGCCAAACUCCUUGUCCCGACGCUGCAACCCUUUAUGCAACAGAGUCUUGAGCUGCGUGAUACUCUACUCCAGCGCAUUGGCCCCAGCUCUGCCUCGCCCAUUGUGGUUUACGUCUCUCGAAGUGCCUCAAAGGCCGUGCGGUCCGUUUUGAAUGAAGAUGAUGUCAUUGGUCAGUGCCGUGAUGCCCCAAGGCUGCUCAAGCGCUUUGCUCUGCUGAAUACGCUGCCCUCGAAUGUGUUAAUCCGCCAUUGCCCACCUACAAUAGCUACGUUGGAGGCAACGGUAUCUGCUCUUGGACAACGGCUGAUUGUACAUCGUGGAACCGAGUCGCUCCGCGAGCAACUGGCCCUGUUUGCUCAGGCCCGGGUCGUUGUAGCUGCUCAUGGUGCCGGUGUCUCCAAUACCAUUGUUUGUGGCUCCGGCACUCAAGUCGUGUUGCUGCCCAUGUGGCCAAUGGUCGAUCACACCUUUGUUCACUUGGCCGCGGCCCUGGACCAUGAGAUCAUCCUGGCGCCCUCGGUGCGCUCAUACUAUUAUGGAAACUUUGGUAGCCUUACCUCGACCCAGCUCGAAGAGCUGGCUUCGGCGACCCGCCAAGCCAUUCAAGCAGCCGACUGGGCCCCGACCGUUCGUCGUCAUCCGGAUGAGCUUUAA